GAUCAGAAUGCAGCCACAACCAAAGAAUUUUUGCAAGUUGGCCGUUUUACCUUUCAUUGUUACAAUAGUUUGGAUAACCUCUUCUAUUUGGAUUCAGUUGUAGGAACCACAAGAACUGGUAUUAGAAAAAGAGAAUUGUUUUCGGAUGUUGAAGAACUUGAUCCAGUGUUAAUUAUUGUUCCAAAUGGACAAUGGAUUGAUCAAUAUGGCCAAAAUGAAUAUGAAUUCUUUUGCAACCGCAAAUCUUCCCCAAAUCGACGUCCCACCUUCUUUUCAAGCCUUCGUUCCCGGUGGUCAGUUUGA